GUUCUAAACCAUCGAAGUAUCGUUGCAAAUAUAAAUAAAAAUUGGGUACUUUAUUAGAAUUUGCUAAACUUAAAAUUGGAUUUAGAAACUAAUAUAAAUGAUGUUUGUUUUUCAGCAUGAAUAGCUCAAUAGUUCAACUCUUCGCUUCGGAAAAACUAAACGGGGUCAAUUAUUCAACGUGGAAAAACAAUCUCAAUACGAUACUAGUCGUCGAUGACCUACGAUUCGUCUUAACUGAGGAAUGUCCACAAACCCCUGCCGCAAAUGCCAACCGAAAUGUUCGGGAAGCAUUUGAUCGAUGGGUCAAGGCCAACGAUAAGGCCCGUGUCUACAUUCUUGCCAGCAUGACUGAUGUAUUGGCAAAGAAACAUGAACCCUUGAUGACUGCAAAGGAAAUCAUGGAUUCAUUAAAGGCGAUGUUUGGGGAACCUUCAUCGACCUUGAGGCACGAGGCACUUAAAUAUGUUUACAAUGAGCAUAUGAAGGAGGGGACCUCUGUUAGAGAACAUGUCCUGGACAUGAUGGUCCACUUCAAUACUGCUGAAGUGAACGAGGCCACCAUUGAUGAAGCAGCAGAGAAAGCAACGACAGGAAACUAGUUCCUGGAAGAAGCUGGAAGAAGGCGAGAUAAUUCUCAAAGUUGGAACUGGAGAUGUUGUCUCAGCCAAAGCAAUGGGAGAUUUAAAGUUGUUUUUUGACGAUAGAUACAUUUUACUAGAAAAUGUUUUGUAUGUUCCUCUUAUGAAAAGGAACUUAAUAUCUAUCUCAUGUUUAUUAGAACAAAUGUAUAGAAUAUCCUUUGAAAUUAAUGAAGCGUUCAUAUUCAGAAAA